CUUCUAUUUGUAUAAACAAAUGUAUUUCGGUUCUUCCACUAAAAGUCCUCAUUAAAGCAUUUUUUUACCAUUUUUCAGCUUCAAAUUUGCAAAAUGAGAGCGCCCUUAUGACAAGAAGGGGGCUAACUCAUUGCGCAUGCAAUGCGCAUUCGAAGACUUAGUUCAUCUUUGUUCAGGUGCCUUCUUCCGAGUGAAAAUUUUCAUUGAUAAGUCGUGAAAAAUGGGGUCACACAAUUAAGGCCAACUUUCACUUGCCAAGUGAAUACAUACGAACGAAAACUUGUAAUAGGAAAGUGGGUUCAACAGAUUGAAGCCAGUGUCUGGGCACAUUUUUUUCCAACAUCAUGUCUUUAUCAAAGUUAUGUGCAAGUUUAGUGAGACAACGAAACCUUCCCGUGCUUGCAACACAAGUGAAAUAUUUCCAUACGAAUAAUUAUUUGUGCACCAAGUUAGCACAGGAAAAGAAACCUGACUGGAACCGAGCUGUAAGUGAAGCGGAGAAAAUCGUCGGAUAUCCAACUUCUUUCCUGAGUCUGCGGUGGUUAUUAAGCGACGAAAUCGCAAAUGUGGCCCUACAUUUGAGGAAACUGGUCGGCUCCAACCACCCGCUCCUCAAAACUGCCAAAAACUUACUUUACAAUGGUAAAAACAACAUGCAAGCGUGGGGCCUCAUCGUCCUCCUGGUCUCCAAGGCUGCAGGUCACUCCUCCGACAUCCCCGACCUGGAGCAGGACAAGGCCGCUGGAGUCCUCCACAGCCAAAGAGCACUUGCUGAAGUCACUGAAAUGAUACGUACAAGUCAUUUAGUGCACAAAGGCCUCGUCAAUCUGCAGCCUUCUGCGGCCACAGACGCCUCCGGAGAUAUGAUGUUCGGCAAUAAAAUCGCCCUUUUAAGCGGUGAUUACCUACUGAGUAACAGUUGCACGGAAUUGGCCAAUUUACGCAACCAAGAUUUAGUCGAGUUAAUGAGUUCUGCUGUGCGUGAUUUGGCUGAAGCUGAAUUUGUGGGGCCUAGAGACAAGCAGAACAAUCCUCUGCCGGCAAAGCCCCGCUCUGAUAUCGUGGAGUAUAAGCAAUUCACUGACAAGACUUUGGAGCCUUUGGUUGUGAGCGAAGCUCUGGGGAACGCCAGGGCUGAGUGGACGCUGAGACACGUCUUGAAUGCAGGUAGUUUAUUGGGUAAAUCCUGCCAAGGCACUUUGAAACUGGCAGGUCACCCUCUUGAGCUUCAAGAGCAGGGCUAUUUGUUUGGCAAACACUUGGCCUUGGCUUGGCAAGCUUGUCUGGACCGUGAACCGUUCCUUCCUGGCACUAAUGGGCCAUUUAGUUUGGUAUGUGCCCCUGUUAUGUUUACGCUCCAGGAUGACCCAUCUCUGUAUGAAGAGAUUGAAAAAGGGCAGGAAACUGUAGAUGAUGUUGAUUAUGAGACUGUUAGGAAGGCAGUUCUAGCUGGGCCUGGACUUGACUUGACCAAAAAAUUGCAAAAGGAACAUUCCACUGCCGCUUUGGAGGUUUUGAAUCAGUUGCCAGCGUCUGAUGCAAGGACGGCUUUGGCUAACAUUAUUGCGGCGAUGCAAGACUUAUGAAAGAAGGAUUUUUUGGAUGCCCCGUGCACACAUAUCUUAUUUUUUAUAAAAAAAAAAUAUACUUGUAGUUAGGUAAAUAUUUUUAGAAGUUUUAUUAACAGGGACCAGUCGUUUCGGCAAACUAAUGAUCUGUGAUACAAAUGAUGUAGGCAACAAUUAUUGCUUCAAAAACACGCUACUGACUUUUAUUUAUUUGCUUGUACAUGAAAAACAUUAGUGGUUUUUUGGACUUGCGAUGUUCGUUAUGUUGUGUUUAUUACAAUUUUGGUGAAGGCUUUGUAUAAUUUUACAGAAAAUAUAUAUAUCUGUUUUACAAA